AAUUGACAACCUAACCUGAUGUCACAAACAAAAUAAAAAUACACACGAGUCAAUGAUAAAUAAACAUUGCAAGUUUAUUAUUAUUAAAUAAGGUGACUGUAUAUCAAUAAUGGGUAUCAGAGGAUUAACAACAUAUAUUGCUAAUAGAUCAGACUAUUAUUUUGAAUCAUUUGUUCUUCAGAAUACCAACCUAGUGAUUGAUGGCUGGAGUCUUUGUUGUCAGCUCUACAGCAAUGUGUCAAAAUGUAAUUGUACAUUUGGUGGUGACUAUGAUCAAUUUGCAAAUUGUAUUAUACAUUUUUUUGAAGAUUUAGAAAAGUGUAAUGUUAAACCAAUUGUGUUGCUUGAUGGUGGCUGGGAAAAUAAAAAAAAAGCAACAGUUUGUUCAAGAGCCAAGGUUAAAUUGGCUAUUGCUGCAAACUGGAAACCAAAAUGUCAACAUAGUUCCAAGUAUUUUCCUCUUCUUAUGGCUGAUGUUUUUAAAAAUGUCAUGAAAAAAUUAAAUAUUAAAUUUGUCAUGUGUCCACUUGAAGCUGAUGAUUGCAUUGCUUCUAUUGCAAAAAUUCUCAAUUGUCCAGUUUUAAGUUAUGACUCAGAUUUUUAUAUUUAUGGAACAAUGUAUAUUCCAUAUAAUACUCUGGACUAUAAUAUAACUAAAAACAAGCUUGGCUGGAUGAAAAAAUGUAAAAUUUAUAAAGUUGAAAAAUUAUUACAACGUUUUAAAGGUCUUGAUGUUCAACGAUUGCCACUUGCUUCAAUUUUAUUAGGCAAUGAUUAUAUUAAAAGAAGUACUUUUCGUAAUUUUUUCAAGAGAAUGAAGCUAUCUAAAGUGAAGAAACAAGUUUUACAACAGAAAAAAAUAGCAUCAACAUUUAAUUGGCUUAGAAAAUAUUCUCUCAAUACAGCAGUUGGUAUUAUUAUUGAAAGUAUUCCUGAUAAUCGAAGAAAAAAAGCACUUUAUUUAAUUGAAAAUAUUAUUAAUAGCUAUUUGACUAUGCCAAUAUAUAUGUUGGAGCCACUUGGAUUGACUCAAGACACUCUAAAUGAUCAAGUCAAUAACAAAUUCAAAAUUUUCAAGUUUGAUGAGAAUGCUGUUGAUCUUGGUGUUGCAAUUGAGAAGGAAGAGGGAGAAGAAGAGCCUUUUGAAGAUGAAGAAGAUGAAGAAGAAGAUGCUGAAGAUGUAGAAGAAGAAGAAGACGAUGAUGAUGAUGAUGAUGAUGAUGAUGAUGAAGAUGAUGCUGAUGUUAAUGAUGAGCUUGAUACUUUACCAGAUUUAAUUACUGAAGGUAAAUUUGCCAAGACUGUGCCUGAAUGGUUUAUGAAAGAACAUUUGGCUGGUAAUUUUCCAAUUUAUUUUGUCAACAUGAUUACCCAUCGUAUAUUUCUUUUGACAACUCAAAUUGAAGACUUUUCAGUACCAUCUGCUACGGAAAUUAGUGUACCAAUUAUCAAAGCUAUAUUUAGUUUACUUAUUCCAAAUAAAAUAUGUCAAAGUACAUUGCAGUUGACUAUAAGAGUAAAACAUCAUUCUACCAGGCAGUUUAUUAAAGUUGAACAGGGUGAUUUAAUUUUUGAGGAAUUAAGAGACAUUGAUAUGUCAAGGAGAAAAGAAUUUAUUGACAAAGUUUUGGGAAUUGAUGAGAGUGAUCAACUGGAUGAUAUUCCUGAGCCUUGGCGUUUGUAUGUGGCAGCUAUUAUUUUUUGGAUGAGACAAAAUGUUGUUCCAGACAGAACGAGAAUUCAUUUGACCUGUAUUUUGGUAUCUAUGUUAAUUGGAAUAAUUGAACAACACAUUGGACCUCGUAAAUCAAAACUUAAAUAUGAAAAAUUCAAGAGUGAAAUUGAAGCAGUUAUUAAAUCAAGAAAAUUACAAAAAAAAUUAAAUAAUUUAGAUGAUUUAAGUAUCACUGAAGCUUUAGAGUUGGUUGAUCAAGAUGACUGUAUUGUUGCAUCACAAUAUUUUAUGGAUAAUUUUAAAAUGGAUGAUAAACUUAUUUCAAAUCCAAAUAAAUUUGAUAUUAAAAUUGUUCAUGCAUUUGCACAAUUUCAAAGUUGUCUUAAACACUCAAUGCAUCUUAAUGCUCUUCUUGGUAAUCCAUAUACUCCUGUUUGUCCAAGUAAAUUAUUUAAUGGUACAUUACUUUAUAAUAUACAUACAAGUUUAUUAAAACGAAAUGAUGUUGUUGUUUAUAUUGAAAAAAAAUUUGAAUACUGUCCAAGACUAUUUAGGGUAUUUGAAUUACUUAAUAAAAAAAUUUUAAAUAUACUGGGAACUGUUACAGAAGACAUUUCAAAAUGCCCAAAAAGAAAACGUAAUAAAAAUCGUAAAAAAAAAGAUGAAGAUGAAUAUUUAACUGCUGAAAGUGAUUUAGAAAUACCAGAAAAAAAUCAAUAUUUAUUUUACGAUCCACAAAAUCCAUUUUCUGUUCUUGCAGUAUCAUAAUUUACCUAUAUAUUGAUUUGAAUAAAAAAAAAUUGAAUUAAACUUUU